AUGCCUGUUCCAGACCAGCCUUCAUCUUCGGAAAAAACUAGUUCCCUGAGCCCUGUGUUGAAUACAUCCAAUGGAGAUGGAUCUGAAACUGAGACAACCUCUGCCAUUCUUGCAUCAGUCAAAGAACAGGAACUACAGUUUGAAAGACUGACUCGAGAACUGGAGGCUGAACGCCAGAUUGUAGCCAGCCAACUGGAGAGAUGUAAGCUUGGAUCGGAGACUGGAAGCAUGAGCAGCAUUAGUUCAACAGAAGAACAGUUUCAUUGGCAAACACAAGAUGGUCAGAAGGAUAUAGAGGAUGAACUCACAACUGGUCUUGAACUGGUAGACUCCUGUAUAAGAUCGCUUCAAGAAUCAGGAAUACUUGAUCCCCAGGACUAUUCAACUAGUGAAAGGCCCAGCCUUCUCUCCCAGAGUGCACUUCAGCUCAAUUCCAAACCUGAAGGGUCUUUCCAGUACUCAGCCAGCUACCAUAGCAACCAGACCCUUGCCCUGGGUGAAACAACACCUUCCCAACUCCCAGCUCGAAGCAGUCAAGCCAGAGCUGCUAUCCAGAGCUUCAGCCAGGGCACAACUAGCCGAGCAGCCCAUUUAGCUGGAUCUGAACCCUCUCAAUCACAUGCUGCCUCUCAGUCAAGAGAGUCCUUUGUGCCGAGCCAUGGGAGCGCGUUCCAUUUGCCUGACUCCCAGCAUUCUUCAGCCCUUUAUUAUUCCAGCUCCACUCUGCCAGCACAGAGAGUGAGCUCUCCCUUGUCCAUGCAGCAGGUAGGCUCUCCCACAAAGCUCCAGCGGGUGGGGUCAGCCUCAGAGAGCACUGGAUACAGCACCACACAGCGGGUCUCCUCUCCUAAGCAGUCUCCAAGCCGUCUAGCCAAGUCAUAUAGCACCAGCUCACCCAUCAAUAUUGUUGUGUCUUCAGCUGGACUUUCUCCUUCCCCAAUACGUGUGACCUCUCCACCAACCAUCCAGUCUAAUAUUUCAUCCUCUCCUAUUCAUCAGCUAAGCUCAACCAUUGGCACUUAUGCUACCCUAUCUCCUACAAAACGUCUAGUCCACACGUCAGACCAGUACAGCAAGCAUUCACAGGAACUGUAUGCCACUGCUACCCUUCAGAGACCUGGCAGUCUGGCAGCUGGGUCUCGGGCAUCUUACAGCAGCCAACACAGCCACCUUGGCUCUGAAUUGAGGGCGCUACAGUCUCCAGAACACCACAUAGAUCCCAUAUAUGAAGACAGAGUGUAUCAGAAGCCCCCUAUGCGGAGUCUCAGUCAGAGUCAGGGGGACCCUUUGCAGCCAGCCACCUAUCGCACUAGCACAGCCCCAUCUUCCCCUGGUGUCGACUCCGUACCCUUACAGCGCACAGGCAGUCAGCACGGCACACAGAAUGCAGCAUCGACCUUCCAGAGGGCCAGUUACGCUGCAGGCCCAGCCUCCAAUUACGCAGACCCCUACCGACAGCUGCAGUAUUGUCCUUCUGUCGAGUCACCAUACAGCAAAUCUGGGCCUGCCAUACCACCCGAAGGGACUUUGGCUAGGUCACCUUCCAUUGAUAGCAUUCAGAAAGAUCCCAGAGAAUUUGGAUGGAGAGAUCCUGAACUUCCUGAAGUGAUACAGAUGCUUCAGCAUCAAUUCCCUUCUGUGCAGUCAAAUGCUGCAGCCUAUUUGCAACAUCUCUGUUUUGGAGACAAUAAAAUUAAAGCAGAGAUAAGAAGACAAGGAGGCAUACAGUUACUUGUGGACCUGUUGGACCAUCGGAUGACAGAAGUCCAUCGUAGUGCCUGUGGAGCUUUGAGGAACUUGGUGUAUGGGAAAGCUAAUGAUGAUAACAAAAUUGCCCUGAAAAACUGUGGGGGCAUCCCAGCAUUAGUACGGUUACUACGCAAGACUACUGAUUUGGAGAUCCGAGAACUGGUAACAGGAGUCCUUUGGAAUCUUUCUUCAUGUGAUGCACUUAAAAUGCCAAUUAUCCAGGAUGCCCUUGCAGUGUUGACCAAUGCAGUCAUCAUCCCUCACUCUGGAUGGGAAAAUUCACCACUCCAGGAUGAUCGGAAAAUACAGCUCCAUUCUUCACAGGUGCUGCGUAAUGCCACUGGGUGCCUAAGGAAUGUUAGUUCUGCUGGAGAGGAAGCCCGCAGAAGAAUGAGGGAAUGUGAUGGACUUACAGAUGCAUUGCUUUAUGUGAUUCAGUCUGCUCUCGGGAGCAGUGAAAUUGAUAGCAAGACCGUUGAAAACUGUGUGUGCAUUUUGAGGAACCUCUCCUACCGACUUGCAGCAGAAACAUCUCAGGGACAGCAGAUGGGAACCGAUGAGCUUGAUGGAUUACUAUGUGGUGAUGCCAAUGGCAAGGAUGCUGAGAGCUCUGGGUGUUGGGGCAAGAAGAAGAAGAAAAAGAAAUCCCAAGAUCAGUGGGAUGGCGUAGGACCUCUGCCUGACUGUGCAGAACCCCCAAAAGGAAUCCAGAUGCUGUGGCACCCUUCAAUAGUCAAACCCUACCUCACACUUCUUUCCGAGUGCUCAAACCCGGACACUCUAGAAGGUGCAGCAGGUGCCCUGCAGAAUUUGGCUGCAGGUAGCUGGAAGGGCUGUGAGGAGGAUGUGGCAGGCAUGGUUCAUGCCCUACGUACACUGCCAGAGGGGGCACCCUGCCUGCCACAGUGGUCAGUGUAUAUUCGUGCUGCUGUCCGAAAAGAAAAGGGUCUACCAAUCCUAGUGGAGCUGCUGCGAAUAGACAAUGAUCGUGUGGUGUGUGCAGUUGCAACAGCUUUACGGAAUAUGGCCUUAGAUGUCAGAAAUAAAGAAUUAAUAGGCAAGUAUGCCAUGAGAGACCUGGUCCAUCGGCUUCCAGGAGGAAACAACAGCAACAGUUCAGCCAGCAAGGCCAUGUCUGAUGACACGGUUACUGCUAUUUGCUGUACUCUGCAUGAAGUGAUAACUAAGAAUAUGGAGAAUGCCAAGGCCUUACGGGAUGCUGGAGGCAUUGAGAAGUUGGUUGGCAUCUCCAAGAGUAAGGGAGACAAACAUUCUCCAAAAGUGGUAAAGGCAGCAUCUCAGGUCCUAAACAGCAUGUGGCAGUACAGGGAUCUGAGGAGUCUCUACAAAAAGGAUGGAUGGUCACAGUAUCACUUUGUAGCCUCAUCUUCAACAAUAGAAAGAGAUCGGCAAAGACCGUAUUCUUCAUCACGAACACCCUCCAUUUCUCCUGUGCGCAUGUCUCCUAACAAUCGCUCAGCAAGUGCCCCAGCCUCACCUCGAGAAAUGAUCAGCCUCAAAGAGAGGAAGACAGAUUAUGAGUCCACUGGAACAAAUGCCACUUACCAUGGAACUAAAGGAGAACAUACUUCCAGGAAAGAUACCAUGACAGCUCAAAACACUGGAAUUUCAACUUUAUAUAGAAAUUCUUAUGGUGCACCUGCUGAAGAUAUCAAACAUAACCAGGUUUCAGCACAGCCAGUCCCACAGGAGCCCAGUAGAAAAGAUUAUGAGGCCUACCAGCCGUUUCAAAAUUCCACAAGAAACUACGACGAGUCCUUCUUUGAGGAUCAAGUCCAUCACCGUCCACCUGCCAGCGAAUACAACAUGCACCUGGGAUUGAAGUCCACCGGCAACUAUGUCGACUUCUAUUCAGCGGCUCGUCCCUACAGUGAACUGAACUAUGAAACAAGCCACUACCCAGCCUCACCAGAUUCCUGGGUUUGA